AGCCAGUCUCUUCUCGCUCUCCUCACUUGUCCACCCUGCAGCGCAUCUUCCUCCUCCUGUUCAGGUACCAGGAACCGUGUCGGGGCCCCCGAUCAGCACCUCGGAGAGCGCUCCUUUCCUGGUGCGCACCGCGAUUUCGGAGAUAGAUUUAUCCUCGGAUCUGUUUUAGUCAACCAGUCUUUGGUUGAUUUGAACAGGAUUUUUUUCCUGUUAUUUUUUCUUUUUAAUCGAUAUACCGUCCGCUGCGCUUUUACGCGUCAGGUUGAGAGGCAGGUGCACUUUUAUAUCCGCAUUGCUGCACAAAGUUAGAGACGCAAACAAAGACAGGGAUAGAAAAUAGUUAAAAAACAAAAUAAAAAAAUCAGAGGAAGAAAACAGGAGAGAGAGAGGGAGAGAAAGAGAGAGAUACACCCCCUGGAGAAUAGUUCAGUGAGCCGGCCCCCGGCCUGAGAGAAGGAGAGAGAGAGUGAGGAAGUGAGGGAGUGUUUUAAAGCCGGCAGGAGGCAUGAUGUCCUACAUUAAGCAGCCCCAUUACGCCGUGAACGGGUUAACGCUGUCCGGCCCUGGCAUGGAUCUGCUCCACACCGCAGCCGUGGGAUAUCCCAGUACGCCACGUAAGCAGCGUCGGGAACGCACCACAUUUACGCGCGCGCAGCUGGACAUCCUGGAGGCUCUGUUUGCCAAAACUCGAUACCCAGACAUCUUCAUGAGGGAGGAGGUGGCUCUGAAGAUCAACCUGCCUGAGUCUAGAGUUCAGGUUUGGUUCAAAAACCGCCGUGCCAAAUGCCGCCAGCAGCAGCAGCAGAGCACAGGCCAGUCCAAACCACGGCCUCCUAAGAAGAAGGCUUCCCCGAGCCGAGAGGCGCCCUCAGAGGCCAGUGCCAACCCUACCAAUGGACCCUACAGCCCCCCUCCCCCGCCCCCAGGCACAGCCAUCACCCCCAGCUCCAGCUCCGCCAGUGCCACCGUCUCCAUCUGGAGCCCGGCCUCCAUCUCCCCGCUGCCGGAUCCCCUGUCAGCCUCCACCACGCCCUGCAUGCAGCGCACCUCCACCUACCCGAUGACCUACACUCAGGCCCCGGCCUACAGCCAGAGCUACGCGGGCUCCUCGUCCUACUUCACCGGGCUGGACUGCAGCUCCUACCUGUCCCCGAUGCACCCGCAGCUGUCUGGCACCGGAGGGGCCCUUAGCCCCAUCACGGCCUCCUCCAUGGGAGGGCCCCUCAGCCAGUCCCCCGCCUCGCUCUCCUCGCAGGGCUACACGGCCGCCUCUCUGGGCUUCGGAGCCGUCGACUGUCUAGACUACAAAGACCAAGCGGCCUGGAAGCUCAAUUUCAACGCUGCUGACUGUCUGGACUACAAAGACCAGAACUCCUGGAAGUUCCAGGUCUUGUAAAUGAAAAAAAAAAAAACAAAAAAAAAAAAAAAAAACAAAAAAAAAAAACAAGAGGAGGGGGGUUAAAAAACAAAUGGGGAGUCAAAAAAAAAAAUAGUGUGAAUAACCCCAUAUUAUUGUUGAUGUUUUAGAAGAAAGAGAGCUGGAGACACAGAGACAUUAGUGACUUCAACUGAAAAAAAAAAAAAAAAAAAAAAAAAAAAAACAGCUAAAAAUAAAUAAAAAAAUAAUAAUAAAAAAAACACGUGGAAGUUGAACGAUCUGUGAAUGCUUGAGUGUUUUGACUGUAGGGGUUCCUAAGUAACAUAGAAGUUGGCCUUCAGGGCAAGGUCACUUGUAAGGAACACAUCACUUGUGUACAUAUAAUUAGUUAGACCAGAUAGAACCGCUUUGAUCUAAUCUCUAUCAGAAUAAACAUGUUAAAAUAAUGAAUUCACUGGGUGUUCAUAAAAUCUGGCACAACAGAGCUGGAAUCAGCACCUCUUUGUUGGCCUUUAUUGGAAAAAAAUACUAAAGCUGUUCUUUUUUCCUGCCUAUUGUAAGCUUUACCUCUUCAAACUGAUCAUUUAUCUGCCUGAUUUAAAAUCUAAGAACUGGGACUGGAAUUGGUGAGUAAAGGAGCCGUGUUGACAAACAGGGUCCAAUAGGACUCAUAAAGUUGGGAGUAUAGAUAUUUGGAAUCAGUCCUUUGGAAAGAGUUUGUCCCUUCAGAGGCUGCGAUGCAAACCUUCAGCAUUUGAGCAGAACUGUCAGCAACAGUGGCUCCAACUUUUCUGGUUUAAAUAGGAUCACUACCAGGUAAGGUGGGCAACAAUGGUCCCAUUGUGGUGCCCCCUACCUAACCCAGCCCUCCAUUUCAGCUGCCUGAGAUAAGCAGUUCUUGAAUCCGCUGCUCUGGUGGACUGUUUGAUUGGAGAGAAGAACGCGCCAGAGAAAGGGAAGGGACAGCCUGUCCCUUUUGCACAGAGCGUCUGGUGCCUCGCUUCGCUUCAACUUGUAAAGAUUUGACUCCACUUUUUUGUGUGUUCGGCGUUUUUUUUUGUUUUGUUUCAUUAUCUCUUUGUAUUAGAUGUUAACAUUACUAUGUUUCUUUAAAAAAAUGUGAAAUUGUUAAAGUAAAAAAAAAAAAGGUUGUAAAUUGUUCUGAGUCAGUAUUAUCAGUAUUAAUACUAUCACCAUUGCUGAUAUGUCUUCAGCCGACAUGGAUGUUGCUAAUAAAAAUAUUUUUAUGUUGCUGUUUUGUAAAUAUUAAAACUUGAAAAUGCAA